AUGGUGUUCUCAUUCUCAUGCUGUCGUUCCUCAGCUACAGUCACCCCUUUCGAGCCAUUGACUGUCGAAGUUGUCCGCGAGUGGGCUGUCAAUUUCGAUAACCUUCUGAAAAGCCAACGAGGACAAGAAGAGUUUUUGAAGUAUCUGAAAAAAGAGCAUUCGGAGUGCAACUUUUUGUUUUGGCAGUCUUGCGAACAGUUGAGGGUCCAGACGAACCAAGGAACUGUCAAUGAGAUGAUUCGCACGAUUUAUCACGAUUUUCUGGCGCCAGAAGCAGACAUGCAAAUUAAUAUAAAUGCCGCCAAUCAGGGGAUUGCCAGGGAAGCUUUGGAACAUCCAGCGCCGCAUGCAUUUGAUCCUGUUCAACAGGAGAUUUACGGGUUAAUGAAGCGGGAUAGUUAUGGGAGGUAUAUUAGAAGCGAUAGAUAUAAAGAGUUGUUAGCUUCGUUCGAGCCUGAAGCGACCAAUUCCGUGACUAAUUAG